GGUGAUCGAAUCUGCGCAGGACUGGCUCAUCUCCAACGAACCUACAGUCAGGUACAGCACUGGUGAGUUUGAAUUGAAUAAACUUUAUGCGUUUGUGUUUGUGAUGACGUAGAGUGACCGCCGGGGGGCGCCGCAGCUCCUCAGCUGAGAGGGUGAAACCUGACUCCCCCAUCUGUGUCUCUGUCUGUAACAGCCCCCCUUCCUCCUUCUCCCCCUCCUCCUCCUUCUCCGGGGGAAGCGCGCGCUGCCAGAGCAGGCGGAGUCGGAAACGCGCAGCAGCGUCGGUCCGUCGUGUCUGCGGCUCCGCGGCUUCUCUUGGUGUCUGUGUCGGAUCCUCCGGGAGCGGCUUCUUCUUCCAGCCCGCAGGAAAGCGGCGGAUCUUCGGCCUCACGGACGGACGGACAGGGCGGGCAGCGCGGCGGGGAUAGACCCGGCUCGGCUCGGCUCGGCUCGCCUCCUCCUCCCCUCGCUGCGGUGGAAAAACCCGGACGGAGGCCCGCAGUGUGCGCUCAGCCUCCCGCAGGCCUCCGGCCCGGACUCCCGCUUUUGUCCCGGAAAAUGGACGGAUUCACCGGCAGCUUAGAUGACAGCAUGUCUGGAGCAAGUGUCUCCGAUGUCAACGACCGUCUCUCAGCUCUGGAGCUUCGUGUCCAGCAGCAGGAGGACGAGCUGACUGUGAUGAAAGCUGCUCUUGCUGAUGUCCUUCGCCGCCUCGCUGCCUCUGAAGUCUCAGCGGCGUCCUCAACCAAGAAACAACAUGGAGGGAAAGGAGGUGCUGCGCUGCGUGAAGCCUACUCAAUGUCCUGUAUCGCUAAUGGAGGAACAUCUGGACGUAAAAGAGACUCCACGUCUGUCACCAGGAAGGAGACGGUGUCGUCUGCUGCCAAGAGCGGAACGGACAGGAAGAAGGAGGUCAGCAGUCAGCGGUCUCAGAUGGAGGAGAUCCAGGAACAUGAGGAACCUCCUCGUCCAAAGGACCUGUCCCCCUCUCCUUCCUCCCCCCACCCUCCCCAGACCCCCCCGAUCCCCCAGCAGCAGAGACUGGUCCAGUCCGCCGACAGCAGUAAAGGCCACGCACUUCUCAAAAGGGGUCCCAGUGUGAAGCGUUCCUCAGGUAUGGAGCGUUCUCAGAGCAGCACCUGGGACACGUCUGAGGACACCAGGAACAAACUGGUCAAAGCUGCAUCCACGUCCAAACUGCUCGCCAAGGUGGUGAAGAACGCAGACAGACACAAAGACGUGGUCGUCAGUCAAGCCAAAAUGUCAACACGAGAGAAAAACAGCCAAGCAGAGGGGAACCACAUUAAGAUGUUCAUGCGUGGGCGACCGAUUACCAUGUUCAUCCCUUCAGACGUGGAGAACUACGAUGAUGUUCGGACAGAACUUCCUUCAGAAAGACUGAAGCUGGAAUGGGUGUACGGUUACCGUGGCAGAGACUGCAGAGCCAAUGUUUACCUUCUUCCAACCGGAGAGAUCGUUUACUUCAUCGCCUCCGUUGUUGCCUUGUUUAACUAUGAGGAACGAACUCAGCGACAUUACCUCGGACACACCGACUGUGUCAAGUGUCUGGCCAUCCAUCCUGAUAAGAUCCGGAUCGCUACAGGACAGAUUGCAGGAGUGGACAAAGAUGGACGGGCGAUACAGCCUCAUGUUCGUAUCUGGGACAGCGUCAGUCUGUCCACUCUGCAGGUCGUCGGUUUGGGAACAUUUGAGCGAGGUGUGGGCUCCCUGGCUUUCUCCAAAGCUGACUCUGGUCAGCACCUAAGUGUCAUUGACGACUGUAAUGACCACAUGUUGACAGUUUGGGAUUGGCAGAAGAAGUCAAAGAUCGCUGAGAUCAAGACCACUAAUGAGGUCGUACUGGCUGUCGAGUUCCACCCUACCGACCCCAACACCAUCGUCACCUGUGGGAAGUCCCACAUCUUCUUCUGGACCUGGAAUGGGAACUCGCUGGCUCGUAAACAGGGAAUCUUUGGGAAAUAUGAGAAGCCAAAGUUUGUCCAGUGUCUGGCUUUCCUGAGUACUGGAGACAUUCUGACGGGAGACUCCGGAGGAGUCCUGCUGGUCUGGACCAGGAGUUCUGCUGAGACUCCCACCAGCAAGGGACCCAGAGCGUUCCAGAUCUGUCGGCAGGUCAAAGGUCACGAGGGCAGCGUGUUCUGUCUAUGUGAGAUGAGGAGUGGCACUUUGCUGACUGGAGGAGGAAAAGACCGAAAAAUCAUCCUGUGGGACCAUGAGCUGCGAGCGGAGAGGGACAUCGAGGUCCCGGAUCAGUACGGAACCAUCAGAGCGGUGUCUGAGGGGAAGGGGGAGGAGUUCCUAGUCGGGACGUCUCGUAACUUCAUCCUGAGAGGAACCUUCAACGACGGCUUCCUGGUGGAGGUCCAGGGUCACACAGAUGAGCUGUGGGGUUUGGCGUGUCACCCAUCCAGAGGGUUGUUCCUGACGUGCGCUCAGGACCGGCUGGUCUGUGUCUGGAGCUCGGAGGAUCAUAGUCUGCAGUGGAGCAGAACGCUGGAGGAACAUGGACACUGUGCCGACUUCCAUCCCAGCGGAGCCGUCGUUGCCAUAGGAACACACUCAGGAAAGUGGUACGUCCUGGACGCUGAGACGACCGACUUGGUGGCGAUCCACACCGACGGGAAUGAGCAGCUGUCGGUGAUGCGCUUCUCCGUCGAUGGCAGCCUGUUGGCCGUCGGAUCUCAUGAUAACUUUAUUUACCUCUACACCGUCUCAGAGCGAGGACGCAAGUACAGCCGCUAUGGGAAGUGCACAGGACAUUCCAGCUACAUCACACACCUGGACUGGUCACCUGACAACAACUUCAUCAUGUCCAACUCUGGAGACUACGAGAUCCUCUACUGGGACGUUCCAAACGGCUGUAAACUGAUCAGAAAUCGUUCAGAGUGUAAAGACAUCGACUGGGCAACCUACACCUGCGUACUGGGAUACCACGUGUUCGGUGUGUGGCCCGAGGGUUCAGACGGCACUGACAUCAACGCUUUGAUGAGAUCUCACAACAGGAAGGUGAUCGCUCUGGCAGAUGACUUCUGUAAAGUUCACCUAUUUGCUUACCCAUGUUCCACCCCCAAGGCUCCCAGCCAUAAAUACAGUGCCCACAGCAGUCAUGUGACCAACGUCAGCUUCCUGUAUAAUGACAGUCACCUGAUCUCGACGGGGGGGAAGGACACCAGCAUAAUGCAGUGGCGUUUGGUGGAAAAAUCUUCACUGUCUCUCAGCGACGGCCUCCUCUCUAACUCCGCCCCCCACAGGGUGGAUUCUGCCUUCACUCCAGCCCUCCCUGCAGCAGCCACACCCACCCAGGAACCUCAACCUCUUCCGACGGCUAAUGGGACCCAAGAACCCUCCCCAGACACCCCGCCCCCUACCGAGUUAGCCCCACCCAUCUCAGAGUUAACCCCACCCCACUCCGAGUCGACUCCGCCCCCCUCAGACAGCACGGUUAGUCUGAAGGACAGCCUGGAGCCGAGCGACGACACGGCCACGCCCAGUGACGAGGGACUGCCCCCCCUCACCCCCCCCUCAUAGACAGAGAGUGUAUGAGUGUUGGUACAGCUAUCUUUGUGAGGACCAGGAGUUUUGUACUUUGUGAAGACAUCUUUACAAAGUGGGGUCAUUUUGUUUUGUUCUCACUUUGUGUUGGAUGUUAAGUGUCUGUACGAGUAUCAGGACUUGGUUUGAAGGUCAGAACCAGAUUAACGGGAUUAUGGGUCAGGGUCCAGCUUGCAGUGGAAACAGACAAAACGUGAUGAUGUCAUUGUGUGACUUCUCUGAUGUCCGUCCAGAACAAACAUUCAUAAAGAAAAAAGAACCGUUGUGUUUUCUUCAGUAUCACAUUGAUCUGCUGACGGUUGUCCGUACUUCCAAACAGGAGCCACUCAGUUUCCUGUUUCUUCAUCUCACCUGGCCAAAUCAAGAGUUCUUGUGGUUGUGAUGUCAUUAAUGUUCGUCUCUAGGGUUCGGACGUGCAUGAUGUCAGUGACGGUCCUCACAAGUAUAGAAGUACAAGUGUGUGUGUGUGUGUGUGUGUGUGGGACUCGAACCUGUGGCAGCGGUGUCACACUGUUCUUCUCAUCAAUCAGCUGUUAAAAUAAACUUUCCUUCAGUUUGAACAAAUGUGAUGUCACAGUUUGAAACACCUGGAGAUUUACCUGAGCAACAGCUGGAGGAGGAGUCUUUACCUGACACCCACCUGUCACACCUGAACAGGGUUUGGUUUUAAAGUCUCACCUUGGUCCAGGUGAGCGUUCUUCCUGUCUGUCCCAGGGGGCAGUAGAGAACAGAGGACAGCAACAGCUGAACCAGGUGAGACAGGAUGAAACCUGACAGGUGUGACUAACCAAUCAGAGCAGAGCAGUUGAACAGGAAGUGUCGUGGGGGUCAGACAGAACCUGUAAGUCUUAAAUGUUUUUUAGUAUGUUUUCUCUUUGACUUUUUUAAUUUGGAGGGGGAAAAAAGAACAGACCAAUCACAUUUUAUCGAAGUUAAAAAAAGAAUUAAUAAUUAAAAUAAUGAGUUUAAUAAUUAUUAAUAAAAAUAAUCUAUAAAUGGACUUUAAUCAGAAACCUGAAGUUUUAUUUUGACUUUGUUGUGUUUUUAUUUUGUAAACUUGCCAACCUCCAUAUUUCUGAGAGAUGUUUCACAAUAAAAGCCCUCCAGGAAAGAGACAGAACUCCGGAGGCUUUUAUUGUGAAACAUGAAGAAGAUGUGAACUACAAACCAGAGAGCCUUUAAACUACGACUCCCAAGAUGCAUUGCACUCAGAAACAUCCUGUUGUCUCAGGUCCUGUUCAGGUCUUAAAUCUGUCAGAACCAGGUCGGUCUCCCAGGUCGACUCACUGAUGUAAACAGGAAGUGAACAGAAUGUAAACAGGAAGUGAACCUCCAGAGUGAAAACUGUGACUCAGAUGUUUUUAAUAAUCAGCGGUGGAUCGGAGACGUCCGUCUGACGGAGGAUCUGUUUGUAUAUACUGCAGAUAUCUGUGUGUAUAUUUCUGUUCACCACCAGAGGGCAGCAGCUCCUCAGCUACACUGUAAAAAUACUCAGCCGCCCUUCACAUUCAAAACUCACAUCUCUCAGCCAAUCAGGAAGCAGGAAACAUAUGAGGUCCUCUCCUCUGAUUGGCUGCUUUUCAGUGACUCACUGAAUGACUGCUGAUGUUUGUUUUUGUCUUUUCUGGACCAUUUCUGUUCAUAAUGUUUUCUGAAUGUCAUGAUGAUGUCACUCCAGGGGUGGGGGGGGUGGGGGGGGUCAUUGAUGUUUUUGCCUUUUUAAUACUCCUCAUCUUUAAUAUCUUCAUCUUUUCUACGUUCGUUUCUCUGAAGGGCUUGUACAGAGUUCAGGGACUCACCUGGAUGUUCAGGGACUUGCCUGAAUGUUCAGGGACUCGCCUGAAUGUUCAGGGACUUGCCUGGAUGUUCAGAGACUCCCUGAAUGAUCAGGGACUCGCCUUGAUGUCCAGGGACUCACUGAAUGUUCAGGGACUCACCUGGAUGUUCAGGGACUUGCCUGGAUGUUCAGGGACUCGCCUGGAUGUUCAGGGACUCACUGAAUGUCCAGGGACUUGCCUGGAUGUCCAGGGACUCACCUGGAUGUUCAGGGACUCACUGGAUGUUCAGGGACUCGCCUGGAUGUUCAGGGACUCUCUGAAUGUUCAGGGACUCGCCUGAAUGUUCAGGGACUCCCUCAUCAUCCAGGGACUCACCUGGAUGUUCAGGGACUCCCUCACUGAAGAUCCAGGUGAGUCCCUCAACAUCCAGGCGAGUCCCUGGAUGAUGAGGGAGUGCCUCGAUAUUCAGGGAUUCACUGAAUGUUCCGGGACUUGCCUGGAUGUUUGGGGUGGGGCAGGGUUACAUGAGGGGUGGGGUGUUAUGGGAGUUUCUGGAUUCAAGUGUUUGUUUAUUUUACAGUGUUCUGUAACGACGUUGAUACACAUGAUGAUGAUGAUGAUGAUGAUGAUGAUGUUCAUGUGACUGUUUUGAGCCAAUCAUGUCUUCUCUCAUGCAUUCCUGUCAGACGACAGACUGUACUGAAGAUUUCAACAAAAAAAUGCAAAUAAAUGUUUUCAGACCGA